AAAACCAUUCUCUCUCUCUCUUCAAACUUCAUCACUCUUUACGGAAAAUUUCUUAUUUCCACCACCUGGGCCGUCUCUAUAUCCGUCUACUUCUCAACUUUUGUGCCAAAACGUCAUUUCUUCUGAGGGAAUAAACACAAAACAUUUUCCCGGAAAAUCAUGGAGAUUUCCACUGCUCUAAUGAUUCUUUCAGCCAUCACGGCGUAUUUCUUAUGGCUCACAUUCAUAUCUCGUUGUCUUAAAGGUCCACGUGUUUGGCCCAUAUUGGGUAGUCUCCCUGGUCUAAUCGAGAACUGCGAGCGAAUGCACGACUGGAUCUCCGACAACCUCCGUGCUUGCUCCGGUACGUACCAGACAUGCAUCUGCGCCAUUCCGUUUCUAGCUAAGAAACAAGGUCUCGUGACUGUCACUUGCGAUCCAAGAAACCUCGAGCAUAUUCUCAAGAAUCGCUUUGAUAAUUACCCUAAAGGUCCGACGUGGCAAGCCGUUUUCCAUGAUCUUCUUGGUCAAGGGAUCUUUAAUUCCGACGGCGACACGUGGCUUUUUCAGCGUAAAACCGCCGCUUUGGAGUUCACCACAAGGACACUCCGUCAAGCCAUGGCUCGUUGGGUUAAUAGAGCGAUCAAGCUCAGGUUUUUACCUAUUCUUGAAACGGCUCGGCUCGGCUCUGAGCCGAUUGAUCUUCAAGAUUUGCUUCUUCGGCUUACGUUUGAUAAUAUCUGCGGCUUGACAUUCGGGAAAGACCCGCGGACUUGUGCACCGGGUCUUCCGGUGAACACAUUCGCGGUGGCUUUCGAUCGAGCCACCGAGGCUUCGCUACAAAGGUUUAUAAUGCCGGAGAUAUUAUGGAAGUUCAAGAGAUGGCUCCGGCUCGGCUUAGAAGUCAGCUUGACAAGAAGCUUGGUCCAGGUAGAUAAUUAUUUGUCUGAGAUUAUUACGACACGUAAGCAAGAAAUGAUGACUCAGCAUAACGAUGGGAAACACCACGACGAUCUCUUAUCGCGGUUCAUCAAGAAGAAGGAAUCUUACUCCGACGAGACUCUCCAGCGCGUGGCGCUCAACUUCAUCCUAGCUGGACGUGACACGUCAUCAGUCGCGCUGAGCUGGUUCUUCUGGUUGAUUACGCAGAACCCGACUAUAGAGGAUAAAAUCCUCCGUGAGAUCUGCGCCGUUCUGAUCGAGACACGUGGCGAUGACGUGGCGUUAUGGACGGAUGAGCCGCUUUCGUGUGAAGAGCUUGAUCGAUUGGUUUAUCUAAAAGCGGCGUUAUCGGAGACUCUGAGGCUUUAUCCUUCGGUGCCGGAGGAUUCUAAACGCGCCGUGAAAGACGAUGUGUUGCCGGACGGGACAUUUGUGCCGGCGGGAUCUUCGGUUACUUAUUCAAUUUACUCUGCGGGGAGGAUGAAAUCGACUUGGGGAGAGGAUUGCUUAGAAUUCAAACCGGAGAGAUGGAUCUCGCAAUCGGACGGUGGGAGAUUCAUCAAUCAUGAUCCGUUUAAAUUCGUGGCGUUCAAUGCUGGCCCUAGGAUCUGUCUGGGUAAGGAUCUGGCUUAUCUACAAAUGAAAUCAAUUGCGGCGGCGGUUUUGCUCCGCCACCGAUUGACGGUGGUGACGGGGCAUAAGGUGGAGCAGAAGAUGUCGUUAACUCUAUUCAUGAAGUACGGUCUUUUGGUUAACGUCCACCAACGUGAUUUAACGGCGAUCGCGGCGGAUUUACGAGUGAAGACAGAGUGUAAAUCUAACGUCGUCAAUGACGGGGUUGGUAACGGCGUUUCAAGGUAGGUAGGGGUAGGUGAACCAAUCGCAUCUAUCAUUUACUGUCUAAUAGAGAGUGGCACUCGCCUUUUGGCGCGUGUUAAAUACGCGGUUAUUUGGCCAACACAGCAAGCACGCCCAGUUGUCGUUGAAUGGUUGGCUGCAUAAUCAAUAGAGGUAAUUUUG